AUGGCGUACAUUGAGAGGCCAGUCAAGACAGCAGGAGCUGGGGUAUUUCUAGAGCUUAGGAAAAGACUUCAGAGUGGUCUACUUAUUGUAAGAAAAGACCUGGUUCACAAUUCUUCAGAUGUCAUUGUUACUGGAGGAGAUUCCACUCUCUACGUCCGAGCACCUGAAGUCGCGCUAACCCUGGCACUACCAGCAGGGGUCGCCUUUGAGCCGGGAUCUGUCGUACCAACAUCAGCAGGAGAGCACAGUGAAGAGGAGCUGCACUUCAGGCUCCGCAUUUCUGCCUCUCAGCACAAAGAAGCUUCUGACAAGGUGAUGGAGACACUCCGGGCUAAAGAGACUUAUUGCUUCCACUGCCAGAGCUGCAUGAGCAGGCUGCUGGAGGACCGGUUGUUCCAGCGAGUCCUUCCUCUUCCAAAUGGAAACUGGAAUGCUAUUGUGGAUGAAUGGUGUUGUCAUCCAGAUCCCUUCGCUAACAAGAAGUUGCUGCCUCGGGCAGAGGACUGUUUACUUGGCGAUACCUUUAUACUUUUAGCCAGAGAUGGGAGCUGUGAACACACCCUUACUGAGGAAAUAGCUCCGGUUGGAACCAAAAACAGCCUGGAUUCCAAGAAACCAUGCCGCAGACUGAAAGUCAUCUCAUGUAAGAGCUGUUCAUCUGAACUGGGAGAAGCAGUAGCACCAGAGACCCUAAAGCUCUACGUCACACAGGUGAUUGUGGAACGAGCUGUUGGGGACAGAACGCCAGAUUCACUUCACAGAUCUCUUUUCUUGGAGAGAAUAGUCGCAGACAGAUUGCAUGAGCUUUCAAACUCUCUGAGCACAUUCCACUUUUCUGUUCAGACACCUGAUGGAAAGGCAUUUUUAUUGAUUUGGCUUCUGAACAGUGACUCCAUUGUAGCAUCAGUCCCAUGGUCACACAUCAAAAGUGAGGGGUCGGACUCAGACCCUCUCAGUCCUCCUCUCAGCAUCACAAGAGCCUUGAAACUGCUCUAUAUCUCCUGCUCUGACACUGGCAUCCAGCAGAGAGAGAUGUUGACUAACUGGGAGGCGAACUCAGUGGGACAUGCACUUGUGCUCCCGGUGAAAGUGUGUGAAGAGCUGCAGCAAGUGAUGGACGAGAGCAACGCCACACUGCCCCUGUCUCUGCGACGCAUGCAGUCCUAUCAGGUGGCGUAUCUCAGGCUUUGCGUUCCAAAGGACUGGUCUGAAGAUGAAGCGCCACGUGGUUAA